AUGUUCUCUCUCAGCUCUCUCUAUAUUCCGGCACCAAUGGCUGAAGCGGCUGGGUUCGAGGUUUCGGAUUUGGCUACUUUAUCUCACCGAUGGUACUCGGCUUCCCGUCAGGCUUUGCAAUCGGGCGGAUUUGAGUCCAAACCCACCCUGGUUCAACUCCAAGUCUUCAUUGUCUCUCAGCUCUAUUGGUAUGGCACCAAAGAUAUCGAAGCACUGAACACACAUCUUGCGCAAGCCAUCCGCAACGCACAAGCUCUAGGCCUCGACCGGGAGAGUCCCGUUUCUGUUACUGACUGCUUGGAGAGAGAAAUACGACAUCGGAUUUGGUGGGAUCUUGCCGGUGCAGACACAUUCCAAUCCUUGUGUCUCGGAAGGCCGCCAUUACUUCAGUCACACUUAUCAAACGUCCCAUUUCCUUCCAAUUGUAACGACGUUGAUAUAAACUCAGUCAGCGCUCAGGUCAGACCACUCAAUGAGCCAACGGAAAUGAACAACGGCGCGAACCUGAGCUCUCACGCAUUCGUCUCCAGCAUCGAUGCCGAACUAACUGCCAUCACGGACGAGUUUCCAUGGUACUUCAAGAACCUUGCGCAAAACAUGACGAUACAGAACCCGGCUCUCCCGCCUAAUUUCGGGUUUGUUCUAUGGGGCCACCAUCUGCUCGACAGCUGCAUAGCAGUCCAGAGGGUACGUAUGUACCGCCCAUUUCUGCAACCCAAGGCUGGCGAGAUGUUCCAGCGUUGCGUCGCAGCCGGGUCGUCAACCUUGACUCUCUACAAGGCCAUCCGAUCACCAGACGAGGCGCGCUUCCAGAGGUCCGACAAGCUACGCAUUCAAGCCUAUCACGUCAUCUCAGCCGCUAUUGUACUUGCCACCUUUCUCCUUGUCGAACAGCCAGCCAAUGCUGUAUCAAUUCGUCACGACAUCGAGAUGAUCGCCUCGGACUUGCAACCCCCCGCGCCAGGCUCGACCGAAGACCGGCGGUCAAUCGCAACCAUCGACGAUGGCCUCAAGGUUCUCCGUCGCAUUCUGUCCUUAUCUGAUGAGAGGAGUUGUAAUCUUCCCCAGGGAAGUGACAACCCGAUUAGGCUGGCGCCAGAGAUAUCUUCGGUGUUUGGUGGCGAGGCGUCCGCUCGGAAGUAUCUAGAGAGAUGUGCCAUCAAAUACCUGGGAUGCGAUGAUGUGAUUCAUAAUGGUCAGCCAAUGUUGUCGAAUCCUCCCGUGGAUAUGUCUAGCUGGGAAGCUCUUCUGAACCCGUCUUCAUGGGGCGAAUGGGGCGACGAGUUCUGGGCGGAGCUUGACUUGGCUAUCGGAGCGGGCGUUGAGGAAUCAUGA